GGGGCUACGUGUUGUGAAAAUGGUGGUAGCUGUCCUUCGGGUUCCACUUGUUGUUCCAAAGAUUGCGCUCCUGCGGGGGCUACGUGUUGUGAAAAUGGUGGUAGCUGUCCUUCGGAUCACAUUUGUUGUGCCAAAGGUUGCGCUCCUGCGGUAAUAUGCUUGUUUGUAAAUUUUAUAAAUAUGAUAUUGGUUAAUAAAAACGUGUUCGCUUUAAGGGGUCUACGUGCUGUGAAGACGGGAUAUAAGUGUUGUGAAGACGGCAGCACCGCCCCUGAGGGAGCAACGUGUUGCGGUGAUGGCGCUUACUGUCCUUCGAGUACUCCUGUUUGCUGCGGCGAUGAUAGAUGCGCUUCUCUGAAUAAUGUUGAUAGUAAUAAUAAAUGCUGUCCUUCGGUAAUUCGGAUCAUUUACUAUGAACUAUUAAUGGCAACUCGCGAGCGAACGAUAAUGAAGAUUUUACUUGGUGGCAAGAGCUUCAUUGAAUUAGACUUCUUAUCCUUACUCUCAUACUGA